UGGGGGGUACAUAGUUUUGCUCAAAUGGUUGAUCCUGAUGUAAUUAUAUAUGAAAUUCCUGAGCCCUAUGUAUCAGUUACAAAGGUAGAUCCUGUCAUAGUCCAUGGAAAUGGUGAUAUAACGAUUUUCGGUAUGAGUAACGCAUUUAGCAGUGAAUUCCCUCCUGAACUCCAUGGAAAGGUGGCUCCUGAAGAAUUCCAAGAAACUAUAACAAAGGUCAAUCAUCAACUUAGACGCUCCAUGUCCAUAAACCUAAAGUGGCUUUUAUGCGGUUUCAUAUGUUGUUGCUGUACCAUUGGAUGUUCUAUGUGGCCCGCAAUUUGCGUUAAUAGAAAAGUAAAACGCAACAUAGAAAAAACCCUUGAAAUCGAAAAUGCUCGUCUCUAUUGCCAAUUAGGACUUAAUUGGAGUCUCACAAAACAAAGGACAACGGAACCGGUUGUUUUAAUGGAAUACGUAAGAACCUAUAUUCUUCUGCUUUUAUCUUUUGACUUCCAUUUUGCCCAUAUACUAAUUCUAAUUAAAUAG